GAACUAAUGUCGCAAAAAUCUGAGGCCAAUGGAACAGCAGUUACUGAGUUCAUCCUGCUGGGUUUGGUAGAGACACCAGGGCUGCGACCAGUUGUCUUUAUACUCUUCCUUUUUGCUUACCUGGUCACAGUUGGGGGCAACCUCAGCAUCCUGGCAGCCAUCUUGGUGGAGCCCAAACUCCACACGCCCAUGUACUUCUUCCUGGGGAACCUAUCAGUGCUCGACGUUGGGUGCAUCACUGUCACUAUUCCCUCAAUGUUGAGUCGUCUCUUGUCUCAAAAGCGUACAGUUCCCUAUGGAGCCUGCCUCACACAGCUUUUCUUCUUCCAUCAGUUGGCUGAUGUGGACUGCUUCCUGUUGACAGCCAUGGCCUAUGACCGAUUCUUGGCCAUCUGCCGGCCCCUCACGUAUAGCACCCGCAUGAGCCAGAUGGUCCAGAGAAUAUUGGUGGCUGUGUCCUGGGCUUGUGCCUUCACCAAUGCACUGACCCACACUGUAGCCAUAUCCACGCUCAACUUCUGUGGUCCCAAUGUGAUCAAUCACUUCUACUGUGACCUCUCCUGCUCCAGCAUCCAACUCAAUGAGCUGCUGCUCUUUGCUGUAGGUUUCAUAAUGGCAGGUACCCCUGUGACUCUCAUUAUCACGUCCUAUGCCCAUGUAGCAGCUGCAGUUCUAGGAAUCCACUCAGCGGCAGGCAGGAAGAAAGCCUUCUCCACAUGUGGCUCCCAUCUCACUGUGGUUGUCAUAUUCUAUGGUUCAGGUAUCUUUAACUACAUGCGACUAGGUUCAGCCCAGCUUUCAGAUAAGGAUAAAGCUGUUGGAAUUUUUAACACUGUCGUUAACCCCAUGCUGAAUCCGAUCAUCUAUAGCCUCCGGAACCCUGGUGUGCAGGGCGCCCUCUGGCGGAUGCUCACAGGGAGGCGGUCACUGACUUGA